CUGCCAUCGGAAGGAACAACAACAACACGGUCUAGCAGGGCGACGGUCCGAUUGCAGUUUCUUUUCGUAAUUUUAAAUACGCAAACGUAUCAAGCUAGGUCAAAAAGUGGUACGUAAUGUGGUGUAGCGUGUAAGCGAACAGUUUGACGCGAAAAAUUUCGUUCCAAGUGAAGCUCCGGCGUGAAAAGAAAGCUAACGUCAUUGCAGUUCGUGGUGCGGUGGGCAAGAAAACCGGUCACCAGCGUCCCAAAACGACCUCCUACCCACUGCCUCAGAGCUACCCGUGGUGUGGUUUUUUGGUGGAAGUUUGCUAAGAAAGCUGCCAAAUAGGAAAGCAUGGGCCUAACCGUAAAUCAGGUAAUGCCGGUUGCGAUCGGCGUGGUGGUCGUAGUGGUCGGUGCCGCCAUCGCCAACUACCUGCUGAACGGCAAAAAGGGCAAAUCGUCCUCCUCCACCUCCGCCAAGGGCAGCGCUGGGAAGGAACCGAAAACGCUGCUCGAUCCGCAGGAGAAGUAUAUGCUGCCACUGAUCGAGAAGGAGGAAAUUUCGCACGAUACGCGCCGGUUCCGGUUUGGGCUGCCGAGCGAAAAGCACAUCCUCGGACUGCCGAUCGGUCAGCACAUUCAUCUGUCCGCCACCAUCAACGACGAGCUGGUGAUUCGUGCGUACACGCCGGUUUCGUGCGAUGACGACCACGGGUACGUCGAUCUGGUGGUGAAGGUGUACAAGAAGAACAUCCACCCGAAGUUCCCAGACGGUGGCAAGAUGUCGCAGUAUCUGGAAGGCAUGAGCAUCGGCGACAAGAUUGCGUUCCGCGGUCCGUCCGGCCGGCUGCAGUACCUGGGCAAUGGGCGGUUCUCGAUCAAAAAGCUGCGCAAGGAUCCGGCCCAAAUCUACGAAGCGACGCAAGUGGGCCUCAUUGCGGGUGGAACUGGAAUCACUCCCAUGCUUCAGCUGAUCCGUGAAGUACUGAAACAUUCCGACAAGGACAAGACCAAGCUGUCGCUCAUUUUUGCCAAUCAGACUGAAGACGACAUCCUGCUGAAGCCCGAGCUGGACGAUUUGGCUGCCCGCUAUCCCGACCAAUUCAAGCUGUGGUACACGCUCGAUCGGCCCAAGCCCGAGUGGACCCAGGGCAAGGGUUUCGUGACGGACGAGAUGAUCAAGGAGCGACUGUUCGAGCCCUCGUCAAACUCGCUCGUGCUAAUGUGCGGUCCACCUCCGAUGGUGAACUAUGCCUGCAUUCCAGCACUGGAAAAGCUGGGCUAUCCGACGGAGCGCACCUUUGCCUAUUAAACCUAUCCUGCUGUCAGUACGUACGCGUCGUCGUUCCUCCUCGUAUGCACCGCAUGUCAGUCGUAAAGGUGGUUUCAAGCGAGACAAUAGAAUACACUUACUUAGGGGGAUGUUACUAAAACAAAAAACACGAAGGAAUGACUCAUGUGUGUUUAGAUGUCAUUAGGUACAUGUAAUGUUCUAUUGUUUCUGUCCUCAUGUGUGAUCUAGAAGAUCAGAGAAGUAGGGAAAUUUGAAGAAAAAAGACUUAGGGUCGUGUAUUAGAGCGGUUCCUUCUGAAGGAACACCAGCGAACACGUAGAAUAUAGAGCCGGAGAAUGAAAAGAUCAAGUUAGUAGCACAACUCCCAGACAAACACAAACACACACACAGUCAUCACCUUAAGGCCGUUUUGCCUCUCCCAUUCCGGGGGUUUUAAGCACAGCGUCCCCGUUAACCAUCGCAGCCUUUCCCGAACCAAUUAAGAUAUUAGCGGCUCUAGACGUUGCUUGUUGUGAGAGAUGUUUUCGGAUUUAAAUGGAGCUUUACAUAUAUGUGUGGCACAAUAUGGGGGAAAAUUGUGUAGUAACUUACUGGAACCAUUACUGUCGAUAGCUGUCGGUUAAACUGAGACAAAAAUAAAUCGAAAAAUGCUAAUACACCUUAAAAGACAAGUAGAAAGAUCCCA